AAUGGACAACUUCAUGACUUGUAAUUCAAAUGAAUUAAUUGUUAAAUUGGAUACAUAUUGAAGUUGCAUUAUUUAAUGAGAUUCAAACAUUUUGAAUUUCCUAAAUUAGAAGCUUCAGGUUGGAUUAAUCAUAUUUUAAUAAAUGAUUAUUUUAGGUGUUAGUUGAUGAAAAUUAAUACAUAAAACUCAUAAAAACGAAUUAUACUAAAUUGUGAAGUUUAUUACAAAAAGUUUAAACGAACAGGUAACACUUUUUGUUUUUUUCCUUUUUCCCCUUUUUUGUUUUUUUUUAAUCAAUGUUCUACAAAUGACAACAACCCGCACGGCUCUUCACCUUACUUCCGCCGCACACUCAACUCUCUGUCCACUCUCCUACCAGACACCGGCCGACAGUUCACCGUCGACUUCUCCGGCAACCGACUCCGACGACGGCGUUUCUGUUCUGCCUCCAGAUCGCUCCUCAUUCUCACUCUUCAGUGCAGUGACUGGCAUUUUCGGCCUUUGAAUUCCACUUUUAGGCUACUGAAGUUUCAAGCUCCAUGGAGCUGAGAAGGUUCGGGUUCGAGCAAUGCGGUUCGUUCGUUCUACUUCUGGUUUCAGGUUUGUUGUUACUGCCUGUUAUGGUGAGUUCAAUUGGAGUGAACUACGGUCAGAUUGCGAACAAUCUUCCUGCUCCGGAGAAUGUAAUUCCGUUGGUGAAAGCGAUUGGAGCUACGAAGGUGAAGCUGUACGAUGCGAGUCCGAAGGUUCUUCGCGCAUUUUCUAAUACGAGCGUGGAGUUCAUAGUCGGACUUGGAAAUGAGUACUUGGCCAAAAUGAAGAAUCCAGCUUGUGCUCAAGAGUGGGUGAAGAAUAAUGUUCAAGCGUACUUGCCUGGCACUAAAAUCACUUCAAUCUUCGUCGGUAAUGAGGUAUUAACCUUCAACGACACUUCACUCAGUGCUAAUUUACUACCGGCGAUGCAGAGCGUGCACACGGCGCUCGUGAAUCUAGGGCUAGAUAAGCAGGUGGCCGUCACAACGGCGCAUUCUUUGGCUAUACUUGAAACUUCGUAUCCGCCUUCCUCCGGAGUCUUCCGUAGGGAUUUAGUUGAUUGUUUGGUCCCAAUCUUGGACUUCCAUGUCAAGAUCGGCUCCCCGUUCUUGAUCAAUGCGUAUCCUUACUUCGCUUACAAGGCGAAUCCGAAGCAGGUUUCGCUUGAUUUCGUCCUCUUCCAACCGAACCAAGGGAUUUUAGAUCCUGGCUCGAAUCUUCACUACGAAAACAUGCUGUUCGCACAGAUCGACGCGGUUUACUAUGCGCUCGCCGCUGUUGGUUACAAGAAGCUUCCUGUUCACAUCUCGGAGACCGGAUGGCCGUCGAAGGGAGACGAAGAUGAGGCCGGUGCGACUCCGGAGAAUGCAAAGAAGUACAAUGGGAACCUACUCAAGUUCAUCUGUCAGAAGAAGGGGACGCCAUUGAGGCCGAGCUCGGACCUCAAUAUUUAUGUGUUUGCUUUGUUUAAUGAGAAUAUGAAGCCUGGACCAACUUCGGAGAGGAAUUAUGGACUUUUUAAGCCUGAUGGUACGCCGGUGUAUCAGCUCGGAUUUUCCAUUAACGACGCCGUAGGAAACGGGACUCACGGCACUUCCGGAACUUCCGACGUGCAACCUACGCCACCGGGAUUUCCCACUACCUCCACUGGUUAUUUGUCCAUUUCUUCCGCCAAGGAGAGAAGCCAUUGUCUCGGAUUCUUCUCAGUGUGCCUGUAUCUGAUGCUGUUCAAGUUGCUACUUUGAAUUUAGGAGAUUAUUUGUAUUUUCAGUGUAUGUUUCCUAAAGAUGCUUUGGAUUUAUUUCAUUUAUCAGAAUCAGAAUUGGAAAAUGCUAAAGAGAAUAAGAGGCAGAGUCGGAUUUUGGGAAAAGGUAAAUAUUCUGUUCCUUUCCUUGUAUGUCUCUGCCUUUCUUUUUGCUAUUCUUUUGUAUGUGGCCAUUACAUAUGUUAUUCGGCUUCUGCUUUACUGCAAACAAAGGUGGAAAUUAUGAACGGAAGCCUUUUUUCUUAUAAUUUAUAAAACAGAUAACUAAGUGAGAGACAAAAUACUCAAUCUUGUUCAAUUUUUAAGUGAACAUUGCCCCUAUAGGCCGUUUAGGACAUAUCCUCGAGUGCCAAUAUUCUGACUUUUGCUAUUGUCUGAUCUUUUUGCUUACCUCUUAUAUUGUCAAGCAUUUCACAACGUAAAAGUAACCAUAUGAUUGGAAAGUUUGUUGAAUCUACCACUAGUUACCCAAUGGAGUGGGGUCGAACAACAAAACAACUGACAGAGCCAUGUGACAAAAGAAAAAGUUGUUUAUAAUUUGUCAUUUCCAUUUUUGUUUGCAUUUCUAUUUGAUAUUCUCAGCUGGAUCUGAUCUGUCAAUAUCUCCAUCUCCAUCUCUCUUUUUUUAUCCUGUUUUUAUUUUUUUUAGUUAUUAAUAAUUUUUCAGUUGGGGUC